CAUCCGAUUAUAGAUUAACAGUGCUUUGUUUUUACAAAAUAAUUUGCUAAAUUUUUUGUUUUUCUGUGAGAUUAUUUCUUUAUCUUCAGAUGAAAUAGAACAUUACGGAAUUAAUACACGGGCAAGUUUUAAGCCUUGCUUGGAAGAUCUAGAUUUAGAAAAGAAUCCUAAUCGAUUUUAAAUGACUUCUAAAACAGACUCUUAUACACUAGAUACUUAAAGAAACAUGAAUAAUACAACGGAGGUUUCCAUUAAUAAUACGGACAUCGGUGUUCCAAGGAGCGGUUACGACUUACCGGUGUACGGUUUGUCAAAUGGAUCAUUUUACCGGAUUCAUAUCCCAGCUCUGACAUGUAUUUCUUUAAGUCUUUGUUGCGUAAUCAUCGUCAUGGUUUUGUCAUAUUCUCACAAGAAUUUCAGGAAGUUCUUUUCUUGGGCAAAACGUGCACGAUUUAUUAUUUAUUUUGCUAUUUGCGACGGUGGAUUUAAUAUUUUUCACGGCCUUGACCAUUUGCAUUACCUCACAACUAAGGAUCACAUUCGACCUAAGAUAUUGUGCGAGUUUUAUGGCUUUCUAUUGACAGAAUUUAUUACAGCACAAAAUCUUUUAGUGAAUGUUGUCGCAAUAAAUGCGUUUAUUAUGAUGUUUUUCAACAAGAACUUAAACUUUGGAAGAUAUGAUUGGAAACUAUUGGCGUGGACAUUUGGUUUACCUUUUGUUGCCGCCAUUGCCGCUGCUUUUACGGGACAGCUCGGACCAAACGGAACUUUCUGCCAGUUUGACGCCAUUACCGGAAGUGUAGCUUUCAUCCUGUUCACAACCGUUCCAACUGUUCUCAUUUUUAUUGUUAACAGUGUUUUAUACUUGUUGACAUGGAAACGUAUUAAAGAACAAGUUUCCGGAAUAUCCCAGUCGUUGAAGAAUUCAAAUGUGACGGAUAAAUCACGGCGAGCAGCCAGGAACAUGUCGUUGUUCGUUUUGGCAUUCUUUAUACAAUGGUGGUCGUGUGCUGUAUUUAGCGUGUGGCUGUUAAUUGAUAUUAACGUGCCCCUUUUCUUCAUUAACAUUGAGACCACGUUAGUAAACCUUGGAGGAUGUUUGAAUCUAGCUAUCUACUUAAUAAUGAGACGGAGAGACAAAUGUAACGAAGACGACGGGAACAAAAACACGAUGGUUACGGACGACAACUUGAGCGCAGCGCACUCUGUUGACAACGCUGUUGCACUAUCGUCCGUGGGGGAAACUGCCAUAGCACCGUCUGGAAUAAGGGGGCAGGGGACCUAA